CCUGGAUGUGUGAUGGGUCCCUGUCCUCUGGCUGUGCUCUUCAGACCCCUAUCCUCCUGAGAUGGGGUGUGGAGCAAGCAGUAAGGUGCUCCCAGAGUCUAUGGAACCUCCAUUAAAGAAGAACCCUUACUAUGUCAAACUGAUCCGUGCAAUGGUUCCAGUCCAGUUCUGCAACGAGCCAGUAAAAGGCAAAGCUGAAUUCUGGGGGAUACAAGAGGAAACCAAAAAAGAUCGGGACAUGGAGGUAAAGAAUAUUCAAGUCGCCAGGUACCGUGCAAAGUUUGACCCAAGAGUUAUAGCCAGAUAUGAUAUUAAGGCUCUAAUUGGCAGGGGCAGUUUUAGCAGAGUUGUGAGAGUUGAGCAUAGAGCAACCAGGCAACCAUUUGCCAUCAAAAUGAUCGAAACACGAGCCAAUGAAGGCAAAGAAGUCUGCGAAUCUGAACUCAACAUCCUCCGAAGAGUCAGCCAUCAUAAUAUCAUCCAGCUCAUCGAAGUGUUUGAAGCUCAUGACAGAGUUUAUAUGGUCAUGGAGCUGGCCACUGGAGGGGAGCUCUUUGAUCGAAUCAUCGCUAAAGGGUCCUUCACAGAACGGGAUGCCACCAAGGUGCUUCAGAUGGUUCUUGAUGGCAUAAACUAUCUUCACGGACUAGGCAUUACACACAGAGACCUAAAACCAGAAAAUCUUCUCUAUUACCAUCCAGGAGCAGACUCAAAGAUAUUAGUUACAGAUUUUGGAUUGGCAAAUGCUGGAAAUGGUAAAUGUGGAGAAUGGUCAAUGAGGACCAUUUGUGGCACGCCUGAAUACAUUGCACCUGAAAUUAUACUGAGAAAACCUUACAGUAAUGCCGUGGACAUGUGGGCUCUUGGUGUCAUCGCAUAUAUUUUGCUCAGUGGGUCUAUGCCUUUCGAGGACGAAAACCGUACAAGACUUUAUCGACUGAUUAUUAAGGGAAAAUAUAGCUACUUAGGGGAUCCUUGGCCUAGUGUUUCCAAUCUUGCAAAGGACUUUAUAGACCGUUUGCUCAAUGUGGACUCCAAUGACCGACUAACAGCUAGAGAUGCCAUACAGCACCCUUGGAUCAAAACUAUGGCUGCAUCUUCUUCCAUGAAGAAUCUACACAGGUCUAUCUCUCAAAACCUUAGAAGAAGAGUCUCCUCACGUUGUCAGAGCUCCAAGUCAGAGCACUCCAUGAGAUCGGGUCAUUCCAACAAGUCUCGGCGUAUGAGAGAAAUGAUGGAACGUAACUUACGUUACCAAGCACACGUUGUGAGCAGUGAUGUAAUGUAAUCAGUCUUACCACUUACCAUUUUACAGUUGUCAAUGUUUAGGGCCAAUCCUGGUUUGUAUCACCCUUCACCCUACACUUCUCAUGCACUUUAUUAUGGAGAUAUCUACUCAGUCAUUUGUGUCCCCACCUUAUCCUUCAAACCUAUCAAGUAGGUGUUACGCUUUCCCAUCUGAUUCAUAAUUAUUUAUUUAUUCUACAUUGUGGAGAAUUUAUUAAAAGAGCAUGACUCUAUCAUAUAACUCUUUGCAACUGGGUGGAACUCAGAACACAAGGGAAGAGAUCAGACUUUUGGAGGACUUAAGGGAUCUAAAAAGCCAACAAGCUGCAAUCUUCCCAACGACCACACAAAACCGAAACUUAAGUAGAGCUGGCCUUCAAUAUUGAAAAUAUUUUAAUGGAUAUAUCUAGUUAACUUUCCACAGUCGGCUGAUAUCUUGAUGCAUCUCAAAUCUCAAACAGAACUGGGACAGAUUUAUUUAAACAUGUACAUAAGGAAACUAGGUGUACUGUUGCAUAGCAACCAAUAAGAUUCCAGUUCAUUUCAUCCUCCAAGUAAAGCAUGUUUGAACUCUGUUUGCAAAGGGCUCCACGGAUACAGUCUUUAACCUACCAUAUGUGACAGCAUACACGUUACAUGAACGGCUUAUUUUCAAGCAGACUUUGGAGCUUGAUUUACAUUGCCUUGAAAAAGUAUUCAUACCCCUUGAAAUUUUCCAAAUUUUGUCAUGUUACAACCAAAAACGUAAAUGUAUUUUAUUGGGAUUUUAUGUGAUAGACCAAGUGGUAGGGAAAUGAUAAACGGUUUUCAAAAUAUUUUACAAAUAAAUAUGUGAAAAGUGAGGGGUGCAUUUGUAUUCAGCCCCCCUG